AUGGCACAAACAUAUUUUAUAGGAAAAGGGGCGUUGGUUACAGGAGCCGGAAAAGGUAUUGGGCGAGCAAUGGCAAUUAGAUUAGCUAACCUUGGUGCCAAGGUGUUUGGGAUAAGCAGAACACAGGCAGACUUGGACAACCUUAAGAGAGAAGUUCCAUCUAUUGAGACACGGUUAUUGGAUAUAUCAGAAUGGGAUAAGACAAGAGAGGUAGUUGAAAACCUUGGUCCAAUAGACCUUCUUGUGAACAACGCUGGAAUAAUAAAGCAUAUAAUAUACUCCAUUCUUAGAGAUUACAAAAGAAGAAUUUGA